AUGUCAAGCUCUGCAGAGCUGCAACGCGAACGCGAGGUGCAGAGUUACUUCCAGAGCUGGCAAAUAGCACAAGGCUCUUCUCUCAAAGUCGCUCGAAAUGUCGAUGGAAUCUCUGCGCCCUCCCAAAUCAAUGACGCAAAUGCGCCUCAGCCUUCAUCCGACAAGGCACUCUCUGCCUUUGCCCAACUGGCUGUAUUCCGACUCAACGUGAAGCGUGCUAUGGUCUCGCUCAUCGAUACGAACAACCAGUACAUCCUCGCUGAAGCCACGCGCAAUUUGCGACUGGGAACAUUGGCAGACAAUCCUACCGACAAGACACAAACCUCCAGCAUUUCCGAUUACAACAGUGAACUGUGGUUAGGAACAUCGAUCCUCUCCCGCCCAGAUGCCGUUUGCGAACAUUGUUUAAACAACUCCUGUACCGGUCGUGACCCAGAUGGAACGACAUACACAGCCUCUGGUCUAAUCGUACCCGACUGCCGCCUCGACGAUCGUUUCAAGUCCCGAGUAUACGUCCAGUCCGAACCGGGAGUGCGCUUCUACGCCGGCGUGCCCAUCUUUUCGAGGAAGGGUUACAAGAUCGGAGCAUACGCCGUAUCGGACGAACGACCGCGCGAUGGCUUGACCGUAGAAGACGUCAAGUUUAUGCAGAGCGUUGCGCAAGCGAUUACUGAGCAUCUCGAAUGGGCGCGUGAUCGUGUUGACAGGUUCAAAGGUGAACGCAUCGUUCGUGGUUUGGCUACUUUUAUUGAAGGAUGUUCGAGCGACGAUCCCGUCCUGUCAAAGAAUGAACAACCUCAACGCCCUUCGAUCAAGCGACCACCAGGCAUGUCAAUUUCAGCCACGCGACGAUCGUCACUCCACAACAAUAUGCGCAAAGUCGACCCUGACUCUACCAGGAAGUCACAGAAAGAGACAUCGCCAUCCCGCAAGACCAAGCCGAAAACGGACGGCUUAUCCAGGAUGUAUCAUCGAGCAGCCGACAACUUGCGAUCCUCAAUAUUGGCGGACGGUGUUGUUCUCUUUGGCGCCACAGCCUCCAACAUCCAACAUAUGAGCAAAACCGUUCAAGUGGAGCACAACGAUAACACGAGUUCUGAAGACUCGCCGACACGGGUCGCGGCGGAGCCUGAUGGUUUCAGUACAGAAAGCUCCGACUCUGAAGCAUCACCAACCUCUAGGCCAUGUAAGUUGCUUGCCUAUUCGCUUGCUGACAAGGCUCAGCCUUUGGAUCUCGAGACAGGCCCGUCUUUCUCAAUUGGAACUCUAGAAAAAUAUUUCUCUCGUUUCCCCAAAGGAAAAGCUUUCACAUUUACAGAGGAAGGGGCCGGUCUCUCUUCCGAUGAUGAUAGUGCGAGCGAUGCGAGUUCCGUCCCGACAGCCGGAAGGCACAAACGCCACAAGAAUAAGAGCAAGGACACGAUGGACCACAAGGAGUUGCUCAAGAAGAUACCCGGAGCCAAGUCUAUUGUCUUUCUUCCCCUCUUUGACUACGUCGAGGAUAAACUAAUGGGUGGGUGCUUCCUUUGGACAUCAGCGCCGGGCCGCAUGAUGAACUUGGAUGAAGACUUAUCCUACCUUCGCGCCUUUGGUAACAGCAUCACGAGUCAAGUCGGGCGCAUUAAUACCAGGAAGAAUGAAGCGGCAAAAACUACGUUUAUUGCGAGCAUGAGUCACGAAUUACGAAGUCCUUUGCACGGUAUUUUGGGUGCCGCCGAGUUUCUCAAGGACGCCGUGUCCGAUUCAUACGAAGUCGGCCUAGUCAACUCAAUUGCGACCUGUGGAAAGACACUUCUCGACACGCUGAACCACGUGCUCGACUUUAGCAAGAUAAAUAACCUUGGAAGCGGGCAAACGAGGAAGGGAAAGCACGCCAAGAUUAUUAGCUUAUCGUCGGAUUCAAUGGAAAGCUUGAAUAUGACUGCGGCGGUAGACCUAUCCGUCCUUGUCGAGGAGGUUGUUGAUGCUGUUGCCACCGGUCACAAUUUCAAGAAACUCCCCAAAAAAUCGGCAAAUCCCGGAGGCGAAGCGAUGGCAGGGGCAGCAGAACAAGGGGCCGAUGGCCUUGGAACCGAGCAUCCCGUAUCAAUUCUUUUGGAUAUCACCCCGAGAACAUCUUGGAUGGUCAGAACGCAACCUGGUGCCCUUCGAAGAAUUGUUAUGAAUCUGUUCGCCAACGCUCUGAAAUAUACUGCAGAAGGAUUCGUCUGCGUUUCCGUACGAGCCCAAGAUAUUAGUGACGACUCAAGGAUUGACGUCAUGAUCCGGGUUACUGAUACCGGGAAAGGCAUGUCCGAAGAAUUCCAACAGAACCGACUUUUUGUUCCCUUCAGCCAGGAAGACUCCUUCCAGCCCGGUACUGGCUUAGGAUUGAGUAUCGUCAAGCAGAUUGUGGAUUCGCUUGGAGGAGCUCUCGAGGUCAAGUCAGAACAGGGCAGAGGUACCGAGAUUGAAGUCCGGCUGCGUCUGGACCCUGUUCCCGAAGAAGGAUCCAAGUCAGAAAAGCCUAUGGACACGAUGAAGCAAAAGCUCCAAGGACAGUCCUUGGUACUCUUGGAAGCAAGUGGAGAAUUCAAAUCGGAUAUUAUCACCAAACAAGUCGAGGUGCGCAAUGAGGCCUUGAUUGAGAUCUUUUCAAGCUGGUUCAACAUGAAGGCGGCGAGAGAAUUCGACACCAACCCCCCAGAAGCCGACUUUUACCUGUACUGCGAGCCACCGUCCGCCAAAACACUGGAAAAGCGCUUCCAAGAAACAUUAAGGGAGGGUCCAAGGAAUAAGAAGACGCCCAUCAUCAUCAUCAGCUUGAACGAGGAGGAGGCGGCAAAGAUAUCGAGAGCUCAGACAACAGCCUUGGCCAAGUUGUCAAAUGUGGUUGAAGUAAUUCCACAACCAUGCGGUCCUAGAAAACUUGCACAAGUGUUUAACCGAUGCUUGCAAAGGAUCAAUGAAGCGAAUGAUGACAAAUAUGAUGGCGAUCUAGUCCACAGUGCUCACACCGAUAACAAGAAAAGAGGUAGACAUGGAACUCUGAAAGGGAGAGACGUGGCAGAGCGUAUGAACUCGACGUUGCACCGAGACGAGAACAGCGAGUCAGAUCAUGCGCAUACAACUACGACACCGCUCCCUGAAGAUGAGCAAAACCAGUCGGAAUCCAAAGAGGAUGGCUACGUAGGCGAGAAGAAGAGUCAAAAGGAUCAACAACAGAAGCAAACAAAAAAUCACAAUAACGACAGCAAAAAGGACGGGCCGAGGAACAAUCACAAGAAGGAAGAGAAGAAGAUGGGAAACAACGCUCGCGAACAGCAGGAAUACGGCCAACCGGAUGGUCAAAAGCAGGACGGCGACAUCGAGCAGAAUGACAAGCCAGCAAGGGAGUCACAAAAACCAAACAAAGCAGAAAUGCCCAACACGGCUCACGUGCUGCUAGUUGACGACAACAAGAUCAACCUCAACCUGUUGACCAUGUUCAUGAAGAAGUGCGGUUUCACCUACGAGGAAGCCGAGAACGGAGAAGAGGCAGUCGAAACGUUUACGAAAUCAACCAUAGGGGAUGGCGAAACUCGAGGCCCCAUCAAGAAGCAUUUUGAUUACAUCCUCAUGGAUAUCAGCAUGCCCGUCAUGAACGGCAUCGAGGCGACAAAAAGGAUCCGGAAGAUCGAGGCGAAAUACAAAGUUCCUCGGACGACGGUGUUUGCGUUGACGGGUCUGGCGAGCGCUGAUGCAAGGCUUGAUGCGAUAUCUGCGGGAGUGGAUUUGUUUCUGCCGAAGCCUGUCAAGUUUGCUGAGCUCAAGACUAUGAUUGAAAAUAACUAG